GUACAACAAAGAACCAAACAAUUUGAUAUGAUAUUAUAUAAGUUAUAACGGUAAAUUUUGGAAUGAAAGGAGAAUAUGACGUUGAUUACAGAAGAUUCAAGGCACCAACAGUUGAGUAGCAACAAAGUUGUCGGAAGAAUAGCGCAAUUAUAAGCAAAAACCAUACCUCAGUGACAUCAUUUGGAUCAAUUUCCAUUGAAAUGAUGUUUACCUGUGUGCCAUUGCGGCAAGAGCCGAGACUACAAUAUUCCCAGUACACAGCACAUUUUAGCUUGUAGAUUAUAAGUUGCAUAUAAAUGUAUGUCAUGCAAUAUCACAUAUUGGGGAUUAAAUGCCACCCAAAAGUUAUAAAGCACAAACACGCUUACAAACAACUUUUCUUUUAAUAUCAAACACUCGAUUGCUUCCAUCCGGAUAGAGAGAAUUUCGGAUACAAAUUUAAAUUUCACAUUACGUUGAUACAAACAAUCCACAGUCUUUCUAAACACGUUCAAACCAUGAUUUAAAAUCUACGAUUUAGUCCUCCAAUGCCUUUGUUUUAAAAUCAGUUGGAAAAGCAAGUUGUGUGAAAGUUCGUAAAACAAAAGUUUCAAGCGUUUACACAUCCAAGGUGAAGGUCAGAUCUGAGAAAGGGAGGCUAUCGUGAAAGAACGUAGGCAUGUCCUUUCCGAUAACUCGAUUAUCUUUCCCUGAAUACUCUUCAAGUGGGCAUGCGCAAAAAGCGGAAAUUUACUUCCGGGGACUACACAAACCAGGAAGUAAACAGCAACAAGUGAAAAUGGAAAGUAAAGAUUCAAAACUAAUAAAGAAAACGGGCAGGAAAACCCCUAAGUAGUGUUGUAUUUGUAAAGGAAUUUACAGAGGAAAGGUUAUUGAUGGGAGAAAAGUGUCAUUGCACCGUUUUCCUCAGAACAAACGUUUAAAACGUGUGUGGGUGCAGCGAUGUAAAACGGUCAUGAGAUCGUUCCAGUGGAAUGAACACAGACGAUUGUGUAGUGAGCAUUUUGUUGGCUUCAGAGGACCUUCAUUCCAGCAUACACUUCCAUCUAUGUUUCCAACUGAGACUGGUGCUACCAAAACCUUCCAGCCAACGCUCCUUGAUGAAGACGUAGGUGAUGAUGAUGAUGGUGAUACGGUCAAUGACGAUUUAGACCUAGAACUGUCAAAUGAUGAUAGUAUACAGCCACAACUGUCAUUUGUAUCCCCUUCCGGGCAUGCCAUUGAUACCUCUGUCCACCUGCAUGAUUACUGCAUGGGACCAGUACUACAGCCACAGAAUCAGUCCUUUAGAUGUUGUGACACACAGACUGAGAACAACUGUGCAGUGAUGGAAGUACAAACUGAAGAAAGUUUCCUGGGAAAAACAGCAGACUUCAGUUCACAAACAGAACAUUCUACUAGAGACUUUGGUGUACAAUGUCAGCUACCUAUGCUCACAUAUGAUGACGUAAAAUACAAUGACGAUUUGGUCAGUUUUUACACCGGAAUCCCUAAUCGAGUUGUGUUUGAAGCUUUGUUUGAUGAAAUCAAGGAUGAAGCUGAAGUGCGGACAUCAAGGCGGAAACUUAACUAUAAAGAUUCAGAUGGAGGACGGCCAAGAACUCUAAGUGUUCUGGAUGAAUUUUUCAUGGUGCUGAUGCGCCUACGUCUAGGUCUGUUAUUUGAAGAUCUAGGUACUAGGUUUUGCAUAUCCACUUCACAAUGUAGUGACAUUGUUGAAAGAUGGAUCAACUAUUUACAUGUACAAUUAUCCUUUCUUGUUCAAUGGCCAUCUCGUGAGGUAGUGAAAAAUAACAUGCCUGAACAAUUUAAAGAGAAAUAUUCUAACACUAGAAUUAUUAUCGACUGCACUGAAAUUUACAGUGAAACAUCCAGUUCUCUUUCUUUGAAAAGUUUAAUGUACAGUGAUUACAAGUCUCACAUGACUCAUAAGAUUUUGGUGGGUAUAAGCCCAAAUGGUGUUGUAACUUUUGUUUCUGACUGUUGGGUGGGCUGUACCAGUGACAAGAAACUCACAGAAAAAUGUGGACUCUUGGACUUGCUUGAAGAAGGAGACGCCAUAAUGGUUGAUAAGGGUUUCACUAUUACAGACCUUACUACUCCAAGAGGCAUUCAUCUCAUUAUUCCACCAUUUAAACAGAAAGGAAAACAAUUCUCUAAACGUGAGGUUCUCCUUACAAAAGAUAUUGCAAGUUUACGAAUACAUGUUGAAAGGCAAAUGGAGAGAAUCAAGAACUUUCGAAUAUUGCAUGGCAAUAUUCCUAUAACACAGUCAAGGAGAAUUUCUAAAGUGUUCAAAAUAUGCACAUAUUUGACAAAUCUAUGGCCACCACUUGUUCAAUAAUAACUCAUGUGUCAAUGAAAGCGUUUGUAUAUAUCAAGCAUUAGAUUUAGGGAUAAAAACUUGUAUACUUCUAACUAGAACAAUGAAAUUACAAUUUUGUUUUAAAAUCAUUUUUUCGAGCAAGUUAUAUGAUAACAUAUGAGAUUACACAUUUGAUUCAGGUUUGACAAAAAUGGAUAAGGAAAUAUGCUCAUGUGAAUGGAUUUCAAGAUUUGAUUUGAAACAUGUAUGCAUUAACUGAUCAAUUUAUUGAUAUAAUUUUUUGUUUGUGAAACAUCUGCUUUGUAUUUUGUGGUUUUAUUAUUUGUAACAUUUCUAAGAAUAAAAGUCAAAGAUCA